AUGGAGCAAAACCCUAAAACCCAGAGGAAAUGGCGAUACACAUGGGAAGCUCAGUCUCAUUCUCCGAAUCUCCGUCUGUUUCUCUUCGAUUCGAUAACUAACCCUAAGAUCCACUGCAAGUGCCUCGAUGUAUCUAUCAUCCUCGGAAAAUCUCAGCUUCUCGUCACUUGGAUCGAUGAUGACGAAGAGAAGGGAAGAGAAGAGGUUGUUUCUCUUCGCGUUCCUGUUCCUAGGGUUUUGCUGGAUGCUGAAUCCCCAGUGAAUUUCAGAGCUUUGGAAGAUCACAUCGAGGUAAGACUUGCUCUGUUACUCCCCGUCGAUCACCCUUUAGUCUCCGACUUCAAUUUGGCGACUGAUUCUGAAAAGUCGGCGCCUUUAGUGAUGGAUUAUGAUCUGAAAACUCUGUCAUCAUUAGGAGGUGUUCUUAUAAACUGCAGAAACUGCUCAAACAGGUUAACGAAGAAAGCCCUUUUCGAUUUCUCGGAAAUGCCGUCUAUUAACUGGCGAGAAUCAGCUGAUAAUUGGUUUGGUAAUUGCUGUUGUUCGUUUGGAAGAAUCAGUGAGAAAAUGGUAGCUAAUUACACAGAUUCGUAUACAUGCUCUACUGGUUUGUGUUUGCUUAGUGCUACAACUGUUUUGCUUAGCAAAGAUGAUCUCAUUGGAAUUGGAGACCAAUUUGAAUCAAGUGUAGCUCUGAGCUGUGAUCUUGUUGGAGUUGACAUCCAUGAGAAUGGAGGUGAGAGUGUUUGUGGUAAAGUCGAUGACUUGAUGCUCCGUUGUAUAGAUAAGGAAGCAAUGCCUGAAUGUUGUGUACAUGACUCAGAUGGGGCUACUGAGAGUUUUCAGCUGGAGCAGAAACUUACACUUGAUAAGAAGUUUUUGCUAGAUGGGUUUCUUGAGGAUGUUUUCAUGGCGAAAGCGUUGAAUGUGUCGAAGAAUGUUGAGUGGAUUGAAUUCGUUUGUCCAGAGUGUUCAUCUCCUCUUGGAGCCUAUCCUUCUGGCGUUGGGAGCAAUGAUAAAAAACCUAUAGAUGGUGGAGUUAGGCUCUUCAAAUGCUAUGUUUCCACAUCGUCGGCGAGCGGUGAAGCCUCUGAUGUUUUCAGGAAAUAUACACUGGAGAGGAUGUUUACGAAUCAGCUAGUGGAAUGCGCUAAAGAAGAGUUAUCGUUUCAUGUGUUGGUCAAAGAUUUGAGAUCCAAGUCGCCUCUGUUCCAGAUUGUCAUCCUGAAUCCGAACACUUGGUCCUCGUCUGGUCUAUGCUCGAGCCGAGAUGAGGCAGGUUCUGCGUUAGAGCUAGCCCCUGUUGUGAAGGUUCUGUUUUCAGAUUGCGUCAGCUCAUUGGGGAAGAAGAUUGAUGAAGAGGUUUACAUUUUGAAGGGACAAGGAGAGGAGUUGAUUGAGUUGCUUACAGAUGCGAGCAAAUUUCUUCCAUCUUCAUGUGCAUAUCUUCAGGGCUCACUUGUCUCUUCUAUGCAUAUGUGA